AUGCGCCAGCUGUUCGUAGACACAGGCUACGGGGGUAAAUUGGCUGAGAGGCUCAAGUGUGAUUCCUCGGAGGACGAGAUGGUGAUCAGUCGGAUCCUGUUCCUGUCUACCUAUGACACCACAAUGGACUUUGACAAUCUUAUCAGACACCACUCUCUGGGUGAAAAUGUCAACUACCAAAUCGUCCGACACGCCAAACAAUUCCCCAAAUCUGGCAAAAAGUCUCUAUCUCAGAUGGACGAGUUGGCCCUUACUGAUACCUUGAAGCUCAUUUUCAAUGUCUCAAAGAUAUAUUCUGAUUUGGCUGCGACAUUCUCGGCUUCGAUUCCUCACAUCUUUAAGAUAAUCAACCGCAUUGAUAUCCCUCCAAAGCCUCUGGAAGGCCUCCUCAGCUAUCUUCUUAAUUGCUUGUCCACGCUUGAUCUGGAAAAUAAGAAGGGCAAAGUCUUCGAGAGUAGCCCCCUUUUCCCGACCUUCAAUCAGAAUUGCAAUGUCGACAAGCUGAUCAACAUAUUGGAUCAAGCUGUGUCCGCAUAUGGCCCUGACGAGCUGGAGACCAAGGCUAUACCCCUGUUCCAUACGCUCGUGGUCAUUCAUGAGAUGGCUCCAGACGGCCCUCGCAAAUAUAUGCAAUGGCUUCUCCUGCCCGAGGACAACGAUAGAAGCCGCCCGAUUGGACAAUCAGACACCCUCUCAUCGAAGUUACUCAAUCUGUCGACCACGCCCUACCCUAACCUGAAGACUGCUAUUUCUGAGCUUAUGUUUGUGCUCUCUGGCAAAGACGCCGAGAAUCUGACAAAGAACAUCGGAUAUGGGUUCGCUGCAGGGCUACUAGCUUCUCGCGGCAUGGAAAUCCCCAAGACGGCAGGCGAAGCAUUCGCAACCAACCCGAACGGUUUUGAUCCAGAGGUCAACCCCAUUACUGGCCAGAAGUGGGCUGCAGAGAAGAAGGACGAGGGUCCUCCUAUGACCAAAGAGGAGAAAGAAAGAGAGGCAGAGAGAUUAUUUGUGUUAUUUGAGCGAGCCAGAGCGAACGGCAUUCUUCAGGUGGAGAAUCCUGUCACCCGCGCCCUCCAUGAAGGACGUUUCGAAGAGUUGCCCGACUCCGACGACAGUGAUUAG